AUGUCAAUGAUGCUGCUUCUCUUGGUCACUUUGUCCUGUCUGGCGGCCAUCAAAGGCUCAGCCCACACCUUGCUGUAUUGCCAAUCAAUGGUCAGCCACGAUGUUCGACGUUAGCCAGCCCUCCCAAGGAAAUAGUAUAACGGCUGACUUCUACUAUGACUUCGACAGAAUAGCCACUGCCACCCAGUACUAUAAGGACGGAUCAUCUCAACGUGUGAAAUCAAACAGAGUUGUCAUAUCGUACGUCAAGAAAACACGCUACGACAUCUACGCUGACGGCACAUGCAGCCAGACUGCCGCCCCUUACCAGUUUGUGCCAAACUGCAUUUCAGGCGAGAGUACAUAUCUUGGAUCUAGCUAUGUCGGCACCAAGGCAAGCGGGAUGAAAACGGACACCUGGUUCUAUCCUUUCGGUCCCCUCAACUACACCGUUAGCUAUACAAAUCCCGGCUGCAUCCUAACAUUCCAGGGAGUCGUCGAUACAGCACAAUCUCCACCAGUAGAUACAGUGGUAUACUUCAACGGAUAUAUAAAAGGCAUCAAGAAUCCAGAUGCUUUCGGCGUCCCCCUCUCCUGUCAGUAGCAAGGCAACUGCCAAGAUUGCAAAUUGUCUGUGAUCCUUGAUUGUUGGCCUUUUCAGUUUUAAUAUUUACAAAUGACUUUUGAUCAAUACAUAUAUUUCAAAGUAUUCUAUUUGUAUGUUGUCAAUUGGCAGUGUAAUACUAUGAGUCGUGACCAGUACAAAUAGGUGAACAAUGUAUAACUUGGAGUACUCUGCAACAAUAGCAGGCGGGCAGUGUAUUGACUGAGGUUCACCACAACAGUGGAUGAGGUACUCUGAGAGAGUAGUAGGUCAACAGUGUUGUGCCUCUGUUUCAGUGUUAAUAUACAUGAUCUUGUUUGGGUCAUCCAAUCGAGCUGGUUUCUUUGCCGACAUCUAAUCCGUAUGUUGUUGUUUGCAUGUGAUUCUUUAAUGUCCCUAUAUUGUCUGAUGGAAAAUAACCC